CCCCGCAUAACAAUGGCCGAGAAGGAGAAACGGGCUUCUAACACUGUCAUUUUAGGACAAACUAGCAGAGCCCCCAAAAGAAAAACGCCAUUCCAGCUAGCAGAAAACAAAAGACGUUUGGACGCAGAAAGAAGUCAAACCAGAGUGAAUAUUGGCGUCGCGUUUCAACGGUGGCGAAAACUGCGGAAUUCACAGGGAAUGAAAACAGAUAGCAUGGUUGCUUUGUUUCUGUUGGACAGGUAAUUCUUAACACAACAUCGUAUCGUGAUGAGGACAUUUCAUUAUUAUUAUGAUUCAUGUUUUGUUUACAAAUAUUGAAGUUGGUUGUAGCUUUGUUUUAUACUUGACAUGACAGUAUUUACACAUUUGUUUGUUAGCACAAUACACUAAUGCUACGCACAAAUGGCUGUAAGUUUAGCGCGCUUCGAAUCCUUUAAGGAAGAAAGAAACUCACAUCAAUAUUGCCAUGUGGUAAGCAACAGCUAAUGCAGUGAUGCAGGCGUUGUACCGAUCUGUGUGUCAAUCUCAUGCUCCAUCAUUCCCAACUCUAGUGAACAAGACCCCGAGAUACUUAAUCUCCUCCACUUGGGGCAGGACCUCAUCCCUGACCCGACUCAAGACCAUGGUCUUGGAUUUAGAGGCGCUGAUUCUCAUCCCAGCCUCUUCACAUGCCGCUGCGAAUUGCUCCAGUGAGAGCCGGAGAUUAGGUUUCGAUGAAGCCAACAGGACCACAUCAUCUGCAAAAAGCAGAGACCUGAUCCUCAGGCCACCAAAAUGGAUCCCUUCAACACCUUGGCUGCACCUAGAAUCUGUCCAUAAAGGUUAUGAUCUGAAUCAGUGAUAAAAGGCAGCCUUGGCAGAGUCCAUCUCUCACCAUAAACGAGUCUGACUUACUGUGGCAGCCCGUAUCAGAGGGCCUGGCACCGUAUUUUCCAGAAGAACCACCCAAUGGGCCUCCUGAGGAAUGCAGUUGAAGGCCUUCUCCAAAUCCACAAACACAAGUAGAUUUGUUGGGUGAACUCCCACGCACCCUCCAGGACCCCCUUAGGGUAUAGAGCUGGUCCAGUGUUCCACGGCCAGGACGAAAACCACAUUGCCCCUCCUGAAUCUGAGCUUCAACAAUCCAUCUGACUCUCCUCUCCAGAACCCCUGAAUAAACGUUACCAGGAAGGCUCAGGAGUGUGGUCCCCUGUAGUUGGAACACACCCUGCUGGCCCCCUUUUAAAUAGGAGGUCCCCAAUGUCCACGCAAUAUUGCAGAGCCUCGUCAGCCAACACACUGACUGGAGGCGAAAGUGAUCCACGUGCAACCCAUCCCGCCCCCAUUCUUAUGGUUGAAGGACAGGACCCAUGUAAAAAUAAACAUUUGUAACUUCUCUGCACACUCGCACAGAGCCUGGGAUACUCUGGAAAGUGAUGCUUGGUCGUCUUGCAGCUGUGAUUCAAGCGAGCUGACCAAAAAUGACGUUGAAUCAUCAUGGUCAUCAUGGUUAUGCCUCCAAGAAGGAAAACAGUGAAGAGCUAGCCUGUUUUUCAGCUUUUUCCCCUGGUGAUGGACGACCCAUGAGCCGCUGGAAGGGGAGGAGGCUUGACCCUAACCUUACUCUGAACGUGUUACGAACGUGCAUCGGCUGUGUCCUUCAGGUCUGCGUCCGAUCGAAUGUCCCCAGCUGACACACCACAGGGGGAUAUCAGCGUCGAUGACUUCAACGACCUGCAGCACUCCUUGAUCGACUGGGAUCAUGGAAGAAGGCACCCAGGGCUUGGGACGGAGUCCGUGUCGUCUUCAGAAGACGAGGAAGUAGACCCGGAGCACACUGAUAGUGAAGAGGAAGAUUUUGGACCGCCGAUUUGUGUGCGGACUGGAGGUGAUCUCAGAACCAACUGGAAUCUGGAUCAGAUUCCCACCAUUAGCUUGGAGGACACCGUUCAUGAUGCUUAUGACCAAACCGAAGAGCCGCCUAGCGUUGAAACUCCAUCUGUCACCCAGUCACUGAACAUGGAUGUUGAAGAUGAUCUGAUUGGACAAUCUGCAUCAAUAACUUACCUAAGCAGUCUGAAGCAACUUGUUGAGCACCUCCUCCUCCCUGUGAGCCACUGCCCCGCUGAGAACCCGAACACCAAGGAGAAGUGUCGGGCACCGAAGCCAUUCAGGAUCCAGAUCCAGGCACAAGGCACAGCUUCUGCUGUUGAAUGGUUCUGUCCCAACGGCCACACGGUGUGGAAGUGGACCUCUCAGCCAACGGCACCAGCGGGCUUUCUGGCCGGGGAUUUCAUGCUGGCGUGCAACAUUCUACUGUCUGGGAACUACUUUUCAAAGAUAGCAUUACUUUUUAAAUUUAUGAAUAUGGGAAUGGUUAGUGCUCAUAAUUUCUUCAAGAUUCAAGACGCUUAUUGUGUGAAUGCCAUUAAAGACUUCUGGGAGAAAACCAGGAGGUGCGUUAUCCAACAGCUUCAGUCCAAAGGGCCUGUGGUGCUCCUUGGAGACGCGACGGCAGGCGGUCCAGGGUUGUCCGCUCGCUACUGCACCUACUCUGCCGUUGAAAAUGACUCCAAAAAGAUUGUGAGCCUGGUAAAUCUGGACAGACGGGAAACCCAGCUGAGCUCGGUGGCUAUGGAGAGAAUGGGCUUCAUAAGGACGCUGGACAGACUGACUCAGGAGCUUCAGGUGUUGGAGAUUUGUACGGAUGCACGUUCACAGAUUUCGGCGCUCUUCAACGACGGCAAAUACAAAGACUGUGGAGUGACACACUCACUGGACAUGUGGCACGGUGCCAAAAGCUUGGGAAGAAAGAUACACGCGGCGGGGCAGCUAAAGGGGUGCUCACGUUUGCGACAUUGGACCAAACACAUCUGUAAUCACUUUUGGCACUGCUGCAAGACGGCGGACAGCUUCAACAGCUUUCUGGAGCUGUGGAUCGCUGUCCUGCACCACGUGGUUGGAGAAAGCCACCAUGGCCCCCUGGUGGAGACCAGUGCAAAGGUCUGGCUUGAGAAGAAUUCCCUGGCGUACCAGAAACUGCGUGAAAUAGUGCUCGAUUCAUGCUGGCUGAAGAACAUCCAUCAGUAUUUACCCUUCAGAUCAACCGCAGAGCUGGAAUCGUUCCAUAACCACGUCCUGAUGUACGCCGGCCAACGCUUCAGCUUCUCCCCACCCGUGUACUCGGCCAGGACCAUGUUGGCCGCACUAGAUUACAACCAUCAUGUUAACCGACCAGCGAAGAGAAAGGCUGAUGGUUCGCUACAGUACCGCAAGUUGUUCAACAGGAAGUCCAACAAGUGGAGCUUGUACACACUAAAGGAGGACAAGGACUAUCGCUACAUCUCAGACAUCCAGGCUGCUAUCCUGCAGCGGAGGCUGUCUUCCACCGAGGAGAGGAACAAGACCCGAUGACGCUCCGGUUCCCACCACCCAGCAGCUGUUACAGGAACAAGUGGCGAGGCAGACGGGUUCCUAACGCUCCUCGAGGAUCCAGCACCAAGUUGCUUCUCACUGUAAAUAAACAUGUUUUUUUUUAAUACAAGUGUGUCUUUGUAGAAAGGUACACAAGUCAUCAUUUUAGGUUUUAAAUAAAAGUUUGAUUACUUAAUAAAGUCGUUUUCUUGCAUG